AAGUCGCACCGGAAGUCGUAAGAGAGAUACACAUUCUCACUCCUCUUCUGUUUCCGGUAACCGGCGGUUUGAAAAGAUGAAGCUCUUAACGCAUAAUAUGCUCACUUCACACGUGCGGGGCGUCCGGCCUGGUGGGGGUUUCCCACUUCGGAUCGAGGCCUCAGAGGUGAAGGUUAACAAUGUGGAUUUCAACCAGGAGUUCACUGCACGGAUGAUACCCAAAGUGGAGUGGGGAGCCUUGGUGGAGGCAGCUGAGAGUUUGGGCCACCGGUCCGAUCUCCCCUCCGAACCCAUCCCUGAUUAUGGGAGUAACGAGGAUUUUCUUCGAAAAGUUCAUCACGUGCUGAUGGAGGUGGAAGUGAUAGAGGGUGUUUUGAAAUGUCCGGACACUGGCCGGGAGUUCCCCAUCACUAAAGGCAUACCCAACAUGUUGCUGAGCGAAGAGGAAACAUGAGGGAGUUGUUCGUUUCGAAGAAAGUUCAAGGAGGAGGGUGUGGGGGUAGGGCCGGGCCUGGUGUUGAGCAGAAUUAAACCUCGUAUUUUUUGUUAGUAACAGAUAACUUUUCAAUGGUUUGGGGGUGAGGAUAGGACACGUUUCUCCAGUUGUUUCAAUUUGUGUGUAAAUAAAUGUUUGUUCUCUUGCCAA